AUGGGGAAUCCGCUGCUGAAGCUCUACUCGGUGGACAAAGAAAACGCGGUCGACGGCGGCAGAUUUCUACGGUGGACGCAAGAGGCCCAGCUUCUGCAGCGUUUACGCCACCCUCAGCUUCUGCAUUUGGUCGAGCCUCUCCAGGAGGACAAAAACUCUCUUGUCUUCUGCACGCGACUUGUUGAAACCACGCUGCGUGAGCAGUUGUAUGAGCAGUGUCGCCCACACUCGGGCUCUGGGGUCUCCGGAUCUCCGCCUGACUCGAGUGCGUACAGUGGACAAGAGGGCGAGAAGCGAGCCCGUUCUUCGCGCUGCAACUUCGUUCCCCUGUCGCUUCUGGAAAUAAAAUCCGGCCUCUUGGAUCUCGGAGAAGCCCUGCGUUUCCUUCACGCAGACGCCCAACUCAUUCACCUUAAUGUGAAUCCAGACAGCGUCUUCUUCACUCCUAAAGGACAGUGGCGGCUCGGAGGCCUUGGAUUCGCCCAGGAAAUCCCCGGAGAUGGAGGGGCCGGAAAACUCGUCGACUGUGGAUUCUCCUUUGGCGCACCGAGCGGAAGUGCACAGGCACAGGUUUCCGUAGUGCCGCCCCUUUACUACUCGGCUCCAGAACUCGCCGCCAGUCACCCAGGAAAGUGCUGUCGCGCGUCCGACGUUUACUCCUUGGGCCUUCUCAUGGCUGAGGUUCUCCUCGGCCCCAGCGCCGGCAGCGGGUGUGAAGCCCGACUCCUCAAGACGAACGAGUGGGACAUCAGCGCCCAUCAAGCUCAGUGCCACAGGCUCCUUCCUCUGCGGCCAAACAUGUUCGCCAGCUCGCCGUACUUCUCGAUGCCUUCGGCCGCCACAUCCCUGCCCACGCUGACGGCUCUUCUCUCGUCGAUGCUGAACCCAGACCCGUCUCAGAGGCCUUCCAUCGAACAGUUUCUUCAGUCGCCUUUCUUCCAAGACAUGAACAUGCGCGCCUUGCGUUUUCUCGAGGCUCUGCACGAGAAGGACGAGAACCAGAAGAUCCAGUUCUUGAAUGGCUUCCUGCCGCUUCUGCAGCAGCAGGAGGAAUUCCAUCACUCAAACCUCUUGCGGAACCGCGUGAUUGGGCCCCUGCUCGAUGCCCUCGCCUUCCCUGCUCUCUACCCGUUUGUCCUACCCAAUCUCUUCUUCGUCAUCAAGCAGCUGAACGACCGCGCGUACUUCCAGUCGGACGUUUGGCCACGCGUCCGGCCGCUUCUCACAGCUCGCGAGAUCCAGAUCGAGUCAGUUCUGUUUCUGAUGAACGAGUUGGAGUUCCUCAUGACGCAGUGCAGCGACGAGGCCAUUCAGCAGGAUCUCCUUCCCCUUAUCGUCAAGUGCAUGCAAAUUCAGGAGCCGCGGAUUCAAGAAGCUGUGUUGACGCGGCUGCCCAGAGUCCACCAGAAAUUCGACUACACAGUUCUGCGCACAGCCGCCCUCCCUCGCGUCCUCAGCGUCAUUCAACUAGCCACGUCAUCCACAGUUCGUGUCCAAGGCCUCGCCGCUGUGACUGCCAUGGCCAGCGCGUUUGACCGAUCCACCAUCGUGGAGCAGAUUGUUGCCGUCGUGCAACAGGUUAGCUCUGCAGACAGGAGUGGAAUGGUAUGCGUUGCGGUCUGCACGACGUUGGAAACUUUAGCCAAGCAGGUUGGCCUCAAAGCCACCACGGAGCGUCUCCUCCACAUCUUGCUCCCCCUUUUGAUGGAAGAGGGACUUACGGCGAAGGAGUUCGACCAGGUGUACCGGACAGUCACAUCGAUUCUGGGCAAGGUGGAGACAACCCGGCGGAAGCAAUUCGCCCUACAGUCGUGGAAGUGGGUAGCUGCCUGGGCGCACCUCGCUCCUAAAGGUUUUCCUAGAGUGGAGUGGCGUCAGUUCUCGCCUCUUUCCAUUGAUGCUCCGCAUUUCGUGUUUUUGAGUUGCUCGUAUAUCUCCCCCCAGGAACAGGCGUCUGCGGUUGCAGCGGCGCUGCCGCCUUCGUCUGCGACUCCGUCCUUGUCCGGUUUUCAAGACGGCUCCGCGGCGGCGUCGCCGACCCUCUCGGAGGGCAGUGUGGGGUUUCAGCCUCUCCCCUUUGAGGCGCUUCUGAUGUCUCCGAGCGCAGGUGACCAAGCGAGGCGGGACCAGCCGCCUCCUCCACCCCCGCUUCCGUCUGCUCCUGCGUCUGGUCCGUCUUCCUCUUUGUCCUUUUCUUUCGCUGGGUCGCCGUCGCCCUCGGCAGACGAUCCAUUCCUGCUGGCCGCCUCUGAGCGCGGAGUCGCUCCUCCGUCAGGACGGUCCCCUGCCACGCAGUCGUCUUCGUCUUUGGACUGGAUGAACAGUUUGGACAGUUCCGCUGUUCCUCGGCCUGCUGCGUCGGCUUCUUCCCCGGCCCAAGGGACAAGUCACGCGAGCGCUGCCUCCACCAGUUUCCUCUUCGCAGCGACGCGCCUGCCGGCGCACGCGCCUGACAGUGCGUGCUCGGUGGCUCCUCUCCCGAAACUGCCAGAGGAGAUCUUCGGAGCCUCCACGGGCGCGUCGGGCUCCAGGCGGCCGGGACGGGCCGAGGCGUCUCACGUUUCUGGGAAGUCUUCAGACGCGUUGGCCGCUGGAGCAGCAAGCAAUAGCGCAAGAAACACCCGUCUCGGGAGCUCGCCCCCGCAAACCACUAGUCGUGCGAAUCCAAGUAGUGACACAGCUUCUUCACUGGAAGAUAUUCUCAGUUCGUCCUUCUCCUCCCCCCCCUCGUCUCUGUCAACCGGGCCGGGGAUGACCCUCGGGGGAAUAGGCGUCUCGACUCCGGCCUCGCGGGAGGCUCAGCUACGAGAUGCCUUCGCAGAUUUACAUCCGCCGUCUUACGCGGGUGGGACUGCUUUGGCGCCUCGCGCAGAUCCGUUUGCCAGUCUCUGUCCACCCCCGACAUCGGCAGGCUCGCCGACUCCCUUCUUGAAUCCGGUUAAUGGCGUGACAGGCUCCACGAUCACUGGAUUGGGUUUUGGCGGGGCAACUCUAGGGCACUUCUCGAAUCCUGUCGUGGAAUCCAACGCGAACCACGUAGGGAGGCCGCCCUUUGAGCAAAUGGGUGGAGCAGGGGCUGCCAGCACAGCCAAAGCCGAUCCUUUCGCUCAGCUGGGUUCUUUCACAAUGUAG